AUGUUAUGGGAGAAGCUACUUGACGGAAGGCUGCUCGACGGAAGACUGCUUGACAAAAAGCUGCUUGAUAGUACGGUGUUUGACGGUACGGUGCUUGACGGUACGGUGCUUGACGGUACGGUGCUUGACGGUACGGUGCUUGACGGUACGGUGCUUGAUGGAACGCUGUUUGACGGAACGCUGCUCGACAGUACGGACGGAAGGUUGCUCGAUAGUACGCUGCUUGACAGUACACUGCUUGAUGAAAGGCUGCUUGACGGAAGGCUGCUUGAUGGAAGGCUGUUUGACGGAAGGCUGUUUGACAGAACGCUACUCGACAGUACGCUGCUCGACAGUACGCUGCUUGAUAGGACGCUGCUUGAUGAAAGGCUAUUGGACGGAAGACUGCUUGAUAGUACGCUGCUUGACAGUACGUUGCUUGAUGAAAGGCUAUUGAACGGAAGGCUGCUCGACAGUACGCUGCUUGAUAGGACGCUGCUUGAUGAAAGGCUGUUGGACGGAAGGCUGCUCGAUAGUACGCUGCUUGACAGUACGCUGCUUGACAGUACGCUGCUUGACAGGACGCUGCUUGACAGUACGCUGCUUGAUAGUAUGCUGCUUGAUAGGACGCUGCUUGAUGAAAGGCUGUUGGACGAAAAACUGCUCGAUAGUAUGCUGUUUGACGGUACGCUGCUUGAUAGUACGCUGCUUGACAGUAUACUGCUUGAUAGGACGCUGCUUGAUGAAAGGCUGUUGGACGGAAAACUGCUCGAUAGUAUGCUGUUUGACGGUACGCUGCUUGAUAGGACGCUGCUUGACAGUACGCUGCUUGACAGUAUACUGCUUGAUAGGACGCUGCUUGAUGAAAGGCUGUUGGACGAAAAACUGCUCGAUAGUAUGCUGUUUGACGGUACGCUGCUUGAUGAAAGGCUGUUGGACGGAAGGCUGCUCGAUAGUACGCUGCUUGACGAUAAAGAAAUUGUUGGGGAUGGAGUACUGGAGCUUAUUGAAGAGCUUAUUGAAGAGCUUAUUGCAGAGCUUAUUGAAGAGCUUAUUGAAGAGAUUGGCGAUGAACUCGGCGGGUUGCUGGAAGACGUACUCGAGGAGAGAAUUGAUGCGGCAACUGAAUAUGUACUUAUUACCGUGCUUGAGGACGUAGUUAAAGAGGUGCUUGAGGAGAUGACUGUGAAUACACUAGAUGAAACGAUAGACGGUGAUGACGACAAGCUUGAGGAACCCGACGAUAGAGUCGACAGUGAUGAUGAACUAGUUAUUACUGAGGAAGGCAUUGAAGACGAAGGCGUCGCUGUGGUGGAACUUGACGUGCCAGAACUUGACGUGCCAGAACUUGCCGGCGUGCUAGAACUUAUCACCGUAGGGCCGCUGGGUGACAGUGUGGACGAAGGCGUUACUAUGGUGGAACUUGAGGUGCCAGAACUUGAGGUGCCAGAACUUGAGGUGCCAGAAUUUGCCGGCGUGCUAGAACUUACUGACGUAACAUAA